AUGAAAGAGCUCAGUAAGUUAUCACAUUAUUCAUCAGAAAAUCAACAGGUUAUAGAGAAUUUGAAACAUGAAUUAACUAGCAUGAAAUCGGAAGUGCAACAACUAACUGCGGAGAACAAGCUUAUCAGUAAUAAGCAUGCAAAGUCUAUCGAAGAAUUGAAAACUUACAAAUAUAAAUUCAAGACGUUAAAUAACUCAUGGUCCCAAAAAUUCGAUAAGAUAAUGAAGUCCAAAGACCAAGGUCUUGUAAAAUUGAAAUCUGAAUUGAAUGCUAAAAAUGGAAGUUCUGAUGGAUUCGCUCGGGAAUUCCUGGGAUCUGAUAUAUUUGAAGAUAAACCUCGUUCUACUUCUCUAACGAAACCUACCAAUAAGAGCAACCCUUUGCAACCUUCCAAUAUAUCUAAGCUCGAAAACCAGACAAAUAAGACUUUCAGUUCUGACAAGAGUACCCACAUAAAUAAGAUCAAUAACCUGAGUAAAGUCAAAAAAUCCAAGAAAAAGAAGCACAGUAAGAACACUAAUAAAUUACAACCUAUAUAA